CCUCCGGACUGAAGACGGCACACUGCAGCUCAGCGGAGCUGGUGUCAAAUUUCGUCGAAGGCUGAAAUCUGACAUAAACAGGAAGAGAGUACGAGAUACUUUAAUGAAGAUUGAGCGGUCGUAAGUGAUCAUGGGCAAGAGCUGCAAGGUGGUGGUGUGUGGCCAGGGAUCAGUGGGAAAAACAGCUGUGCUGGAGCAGUUACUGUACGCCAACCAUGUUGUAGGUUCAGAGACCAUGGAGACACUGGAGGAUAUUUACAUCGGGUCUGUGGAAACGGACCGCGGCACCCGAGAACAGGUGCGGUUUUACGACACGCGAGGGCUGCGUGAUGGUCAGGAGUUUCCGCGUCACUACUUCACUUUCGCCGACGGAUUCGUACUCGUCUACAGCAUCGACAGCAAAGAGUCCUUCAAACGGGUAGAGGCACUGAAGAAAGAGAUCGACCGCUGCCGUGAUAAAAAAGAGGUGACUAUUGUUGUUGUGGGUAACAAGUUGGACCUGCAGGAUCAGAGAAGAGUGGACAGCGAGGUGGCUCAACAGUGGGCACGGCAGGAAAAGGUCAGGCUGUGGGAGGUCUCUGUGACCGACAGACGAUCGCUCAUCGAGCCUUUUGUCCAUCUGGCCAGCAAAAUGACCCAACCUCAGAGCAAAUCCACCUUCCCACUCAGCCGCAACAAGAAUAAGGGCAGCGGCUCCCUGGACAGCUAGAGAUCCAGAAGAUGUCAAUAGAGCUGACAAAGUAACGUAAAGAUAUGUAAAUCUCUGAUAGAUGCUUGAUUUUAUAUCUUUCAAAACAUUUGGAGUGCCAUUAUGAGUUUAGCUCACUGUUUGAAGUUACUGCAUUAAUGAAGUUUUCUAUUCAUAAACAUACAGGAUAGAAUCCAUAUGUUGCUGUGAUAUUUAUAUACGUCUCAUGCUUGUCUUGAAGCAAUUGACUGACUAAACAUACUGCUUUUACACUGAAAUAUAUAUACCUCUACACUGCAAAAAGUUGUUACAUCUUAUGUGAAAUCAGCUAGGAUGAUUCAGCUUGUUUAUUUA